AAUAUUUGCAGGCGACCAAUCAAGAUUUCGAUAACUUGUCCCAUUUGGCAUUUGACGGAUUGCAGGAGACUGACCAGCACCUUGCAUCCCAUCGAGGUUGCUGCAUAAAUAUAGAACCCUUCACCUAAGCAGUACUAGUAAGCCUGGAGUAACGGAUCAUAUUAGAUCACCAAGACCAGCACGUGGCUUCUUAGACUGGGCCAUAUAAUGCAUCACUGCAAUAGAACCCGGUCAGUCGUCUGCGAUCAUGGUCCCGUUGUUUGACCAAGCUGAUAUCAAUAUUGGCAUCACACUACAAGCACGCCAAUAUUAUCUUACCUGCCGGUACUUACCAUUUGCAUUGAUCGUUACCGAUAUGCUUCGAAUCUCACAGCUUGGACUUUCCCUUAAGUCCUGCGAAACUUUGUUUGCGUUCAGCAUAUGUGACACUUUUAUGCAGAGGGUUUGGGCGGUAAUGGGUCGCAGAUGGCUCAUAACGUGUUGUAACGUUGUGCUCUUCCUGGUCCCAGUGGCGGUGACACUUACAUUAUCCCACUCUUCUUCCACAAGUGAGUCUCCUCCUACUGUCACCUAUUCCAAAAGUCGCAAUUGCUAUGAUAGCAAGCAAAGUCUUAUUGUCAUCGCAGCAUACGUUGUGCUCGUCAUCGUAGAAAUAGAAAUCCUCAGUUUCAUGUUAUACCAUUCGUGGAAGCUUUAUAGAGAACAUGGAAACGACAUCCCUCUUGUACGGGUCCUGGUCAGACAUAACAUGUUUUACUUUGCCUGUGGGCUUUUAUUUUCCACCACGGUCGCGGUCGUGGUGGUUACUCUUCCUGUGCGUUUCCAGGUCGUGAUACACGGAAUACUAGCGACACGCAUGCACCGCGAGCUGUACAACACAGCUCAUCACACUGAAGAGAGUUCCACCGGGAAUGUGUCCCUACCUCUUGUUUUUGCACCAGCCUCGUCGGAGAUGCAACCU